CCUGCACUAGUCUCCGCGACAAAGAGAAACUGUACCAAGUCCCACACUCUCACACGCACCUUCUUGAAAAACAAAAGACUACCCUCCAAAAUUAACACAGCAAUUCCCAGGCAAAAUUAAACCAAUGGGAGAGGAGGAGAAGAAACCCGAGGAAACCAAAAUGGAGGAGAAAAAGCCGGCGGAGCCCAACAAGGCAGAGGAGGGGAAGAAAGCUGGCAAGGAGGAAUCUAAACAGCAGGAGAAACCGGCCGACGACAACAAGGGCGACAAAAAACCGGAUGACUCCAAAGAUGCGGCCGACGGCAAGGACUCUAAAGAACAAACUCCGCCGCCGCCUCCUGAUAUUGUGCUUAAUGUUUACAUGCAUUGCGAAGGUUGUGCUCGCAAGGUUCGUCGUUCGCUUAAAGGAUUCCCAGGCGUGGAAGAUGUUAUCACAGACUGUAAGACUCACAAAGUGGUUGUGAAAGGAGAGAAGGCAGAUCCGCUUAAGGUCUUGGACAGAGUACAGAGGAAGAGUCACAGGCAGGUCGAACUUCUUUCUCCGAUCCCAAAACCGCCGGCAGAGGAGGAGAAAAAACCCGAAGAGAAACAGCAGCCCAAGCCCGAGGAGAAGAAAGAAGAGCCCCAGACAGUCACAGUCGUUCUGAAAGUUCACAUGCAUUGCGAAGCUUGCGCGCAAGAAAUCAAGAGACGCAUCCAGAGAAUGAAGGGAGUGGAAUCGGCGGAACCGGACCUGAAGAAGUCGGAGGUGAGCGUGAAGGGGGUGUUCGAAACAGCCAAGUUGGUUGAAUACGUGCACAAACGCACAGGGAAACAGGCGGUGAUAGUGAAGCAAGAGCCUGACGAGAAGAAGGAGAAAAUGGAGGAGAAGAAAGGGGAAGAAGGAGAGAAAGCGAAGGAAGGAGAAGAGAAGAAAGGAGGAGAGGGCGAAGGGAAAGAAGGUGCAGAAACGGAAGAGACCAAGGUGGUGGAGUUGAGGAAGAACGAAUACUACUAUUAUCCUCCCAGGUAUACCAUGGAGAUGUACGCCUACCCGCCUCAGAUCUUCAGCGAUGAGAAUCCAAAUGCUUGCUCUGUUAUGUAAAAACUGAUAAAUGAGAGGGGUAAUAUGGGGAUCAGGGAAAAGUGGGGGUGAUUUCCUCCCCACUGCCCUAUCUGUCCUGCACCCACUGCAUGUGGCCCCUGUACUUUUUCCCCUGUUAGAAGUAUAAGUAUAAUCUACAGAUCAGCCGCUGUAGAGUUUUUGUAUUGCUUGUACUUUCCGUUGAACUGUUUCAUAAAUGAAAAUAUGAAUAACUACACUCCUACA